AUGAGGCUAUGGUCAUGCCAAGAGAGAUUAUGGAAUCUCUCUAGGAGAUGUUUGGAUAAUCGUCGUACCAACUCCACCAUGAUGCCUCAAGUACAUUUACACAUGCCGCAUGAAAGAGGGUACUCUAUUCGGGAACAUGUCCUGGACAUGAUGGUCCAAUUUAACAUCGCAGAGGCAAAUGGAGCGGUUAUAGAUGAGCGUAGUCAGGUUGCGUUCAUUCUGGAAUCUCUUCCAAAGUGUUUUCUUCAGUUUCGCAUUAAUGCGAUGAUGAAGAAAACUCAAUUCAACCUGACUAGUCUCCUGAAAAACAAGGGAAAAAUAGAAAGAGAGGCAAGUGUUGCCCAUUCCAAAAGAAAGUUUGAAAAGGGUUUAUCCUCUGGAACUAAAGCUGUAUCUCAAUCUUCUACUUCUAAAAAGAUUCAAAAGAAUAAAGGAAACAAGGGGAAGGCUCCCGCCGCUGCUGCUAAGGGCAAGGGAAAGACCAAGUUGCCUGAUAAGGGCAAAUGUUUCCACUGCAAUGUGGAUGGACACUGA